AUGGACCAGCAGUACCACGAGGAGGAGCGCAAGCGCCUGGAGUACUACCAGGCGGAUAGGGCCAGAAUGGCUGGUGCUUACCAGUACGUCCCGCCCGAGGAAGCGUACCCGGCCGAAGCUCUGGCGGACCCCAACGAGAUCGAGGGUCCCCGUCUUCACGACAACUACCACGAGGCCGCUCAAGGCGCCCACGAGAAUCCGUUCUAUGUCGAGCACCUAGGCCAGAACGUCGUGCUUCCCCAGCAAGCCAACAACGCUGUCGAGGGGCCGUUUUCUCAGCAGGGCCAGAAUGAUGCCAUCCAAGCCGAGGAUUAUGCUCCCAUCGACCCCGAGCUCCAGAACCAGGCCAUUAUUGCCGUUCAGCCGGCCGGAAACGCUCUCAAUGAGCCUCACGUUGCUCCCGCAGGCGAUUUUGCGCACCCGAAUUUCAACGAUCUGCUUCCCGAUUACAUCUAUGACUUUCAGACUGGCGCUGCGAACAUUCAGCCAGGUCACGCCGGCCAGAUCGACAACUUGCUCCAGGACGGCUUCAACAUCCCGUACCCUGACUUGGGCCCGAUCCCUGCACCCUUCCCCGACUUUGGCGAUCCCGCGAUGUUCCUUCAAGAGCACGAGCAAUGGCAGCAUUACAACAACCAGGAAUUCGAGCAGUAUGGGCAGCAAAUGGUCGACAUGCAGGCUCAGGGGAUACCUUAUCAGGACGUACAGCUCCAGUAUCGUGAGGAACAGCACAAUGAGGGCCAGGAGUAUCAGCGGAUGCCUUUCCAGCGGUACGCGCAAGACAAUGGAUAUCAUAUUCAUGGACAGGGCCACCACGACCAAGAUCUUCACCAGCAGCAUGAUCGCCAUGUCCACCAGAACCACGCAUUCGAUCAGCCGCAGCAGAAGCAGCACCAUCAUGACCACAACGAGGAUGCCCCUCUUCAGCAAGACGAAGCCCAGGACGCCGCCGCCGCUCCCGACCCGCUCGCACAGGACAAUAGCCCUCAGCCGGCCGCCAACGUUCAAGCUCCUCGGGCCAGAAACGGAAGACGGUCCCACAACAGGAACAUUGAGUAUUGUCAGUUCAACGACGGAACGCCAGACCCUGAACCCGAGCACUAUGGCCUGAGAAUGGUCUCUCCAAGACCCCCUUGCCGGGAGCUCCCGAGAAUGGUGAAUGGCGUCCAGAAGGUCGCGAUCGAAUGUAAUCGAUGCGACAAAGUUCUUUCGCGUAAGGACGAAAUGCGUUGGCAUCUUCGCCUUACUCACUACGGCAAAAGAUACGGAAAGAAGGGGGUCCACAUCGAGAAGGGCCGCCAACAGGCCCUUCUCGAUUGCCCCCAGUGA